AUGGUUCGAAGUCUCAUACGAGCCGCUGAGAAUCCGCCAGACCUCACCACCCCAUAUAGACCUUCAUUCCGAGACGUCUUGUACUUCUUUUACGGCACACUGAUGGACCCCAAGACUCUUGCGCAUGUCCUGGGGCGUUCCGAUACACCUGAGCUUCGCCGGUGUUGCAUCUUUGCACACAAAAUUAUGCUCUGGGGAGAAUAUCCAGCACUCGUGGAGGGGCCCUUAGAGCAAACUGUUCACGGUGUAGUCGGCAAGAUCAAGUCAGCAAAGGAGGUCGGCAGGUUGGUUUCGUAUGAGACCGACGUUUACCGAGUCGACGGCUGUACUGUAUGGUUUGAUGAUGGUUCGAGCUCUUAUGCGGAAACAUUCGUUUGGUGCGACGAUGUGUCCCUCCUUCGCGACGGUUCGUUUGAUUUAAGGGAUUGGUUGCUGAAGCGGAAAGAGCUUGAGAUUCAGGAAGGCAAAUGA